AUGAAGAAGUGGGCGUCACUGAAGAAGAAGAAGCAGCAACAAGACAAGGAAGAUGUAACGGCGAAAGAAACACAGACAUGGCGGCGAUUAAGGAACUUGUUUUCAACGUCGUCGUCUUUGUCGUCCAAGUGGAAGCGAGUGGAGAUACUUCAGAUUGAGAUAGUAGACGGAGUGGUUUUCAAGGUCAUGUAUGUAGUCGAAGCUCUCGUUCUCGUUUCGACUCUCUGCUUCUUCUACCUCUUUUGUGGAUGCCACAUCUGA